CGUUUUUGAAAUCCGUGAUAUUCUUAAAUUUCCCUUGUUAAAAUGGUGAGAAUUUGUGUCGUGGAGGCUUGCGGAAGCGAGUAUUAUCCUGAUCGUGGUUUUUCUUUUCAUAGAUGUUUUUCUAAAGCCGAUACGUGAGCAGUUUUCGAAGCGUCAGCAGGCGCGGGUGCAACUGGGCUUGAAGCUUGACGGACAUCAAUCAAAUAAAUCACAGUACACGCGGAUGCGGCUUCGCUUUUAACUACUGCUUAGAUGUUAUCUUAGAUGUCUACCUGAAAGAAUACGGAGAAUGUGUAUGAUGAAGGCGUUGUUAUGGUGUGUGGUGGCAUACGCGGCGGCCGCGGCCGUGCUGGCUGACGACAUCGAGCUGGAGUUGCAGAGUGGACUGCUUGUCAAGAUGCUGAGGGAGAUGGUGAACCAGACGAAAGCGGAUACGCUGAACCUGCCCUCAAACGCGACCUCCAUACGAGAGAAUAUUACUGAUACCUUCAGUUGUGAGAACCGCACGUACGGCUACUACGCGGAUGUGGACAACGAGUGCCAGGUGUUCCACGUGUGCCUUCCCUCGCAGGCCGUCACCGGCAGGAACGUCACCUUCCGCUGGAGUUUCAUCUGUCCAGCUGAAACUGUCUUCAACCAAGAAGUACUAACAUGUACGAGACCACGUGACGCGAUUUCAUGCGACGAGUCCCCAAUGUAUUACGACGUCAAUAUGGAGUUCGGUAAAGUGAAUGACACCAAGGAACAAACGAAACCAGAAGAAAAUGCCCCUAUGAGCAAUCCUGCGCCGAACACGGAGCCAGCGGCCACAUCGCCGCAGAGAUGGACACAAGCGAACAGAAAUAAACAAAACCUAGUUGUCGAAACACUUAACGAUGUAGUACCAAAUACAAAAUCAAUCAAAGAAGAUAUCAAGGAAUACGACAGCAAAAUCAUGGACGCGGUAAACGAAGAAGUAAAAUAUUACAAUUACAAUACGCUACAAACAAUAAACAAAGAUUUUGGCACUGUGAGUCAAAACGUUCAGGAUCUAAAAGAAGAAGUAAAAGGGAUCGAGAGGGAAAUAGUAAAGAUUACUGAUAAUAUUAAGGAAAAUGACAAAGAAAAGUUGCAGGAAAUAAAGGAUAAUAUAAAAGAACUGGUACAUUACAGAAACGAAGAACUAGCGAAUAGUGAUGAGAGCCACAAUAACAUGGAGUCAGUCAAUGAAGAAUCCGUCGCACUACCUGAAGUAAUACUGAGGAAAAUAGAAGAGAUGAACGCCGAGCCAGUGAUGCCCGUAGUGAUGGAGGAAGUCGUGCCCACCGUCGAAGAACUGAACAAAGAAGACGAGGACGCAUCUGUGCCAGAGUUUGAUAAUUCUAGAAUAGCUGCGGAGAGAAGUUUGAAAAGGACCGGUCGUAAAAUGUAUAGAGGAUCGUAUAGGUUUAAAUCGACUUUGUGAUAAAACAAGAUUGUAAUAUAGAAAUUAAGUGUGAAUUAUAUUCUACUGUGAUUAGUUUAUUUUGAAGAAGUAGACAAUUUCCCCGAUUUCUUCUGUUAGAAGUGUUCUAUGUGUAAUUAUCAUAUCCUUUAUAAUUGUAGCAAAUUAAUCACAGUAAGAUAAGAUUAAAGCAUUCCUCGAGAUAUUGAUAUGAAAUGUGCAUAGUAGGAUUAGAAGCGUACGACUCACUUGUAAAUAGGCGUUUAUAAAAAAAUAAAAAAUGAGAUUUUUAA